GAAGCGUUCCCUCCCUUCUUGAGCGCGCAGCUUUUUGAGGGAACCACCGGUGAGGGGGGAAAAACCAGUCAGCGUUUUGUAGCACUUUCAGAUGAGUUCUUCUGCCUCCUUAGAGAUACUGACAUAGCUAUCACAGACCGCUUUGCGCCAGUUUAAGGACUGUUUUAGGGACAAUUUGUCUACAAGGGCCAACUGGAGCGGGCAGCUCUUAUAAUGCGGAGAGAUCAAGUCUCAGUAGUUUGUCGGUAUGAACGCAGCGCAGACGGACCCUGAGUAACUGCUCUUACGGAUUGACUGCUUGUUUGAUUGCCAUUUGAUCUUUUUUUCCCAGUGUCAAGGAAUUUUUUCCUUUGUCGUGAUUAGUCCAUUAUUAAGAUAUAAAAUUAAAUUGUGGAUUACUUUUUUGGGGAUUCGAGGAUAUUUUCGGAGCUGCAUGUUUCUUUUAAAAUUUGAAUGAGGGUUUUUUACAGUUAUCCUGCGCCUGGGUCACGGAUCCGGAGAGGGGAAUUAAUCCUUGAAAAGGUGGAAAUAUUCGUGUAAUUCUAGCACAACUCAUCCUUCUUGCGGCUGAGUCCAAAAUGAAGUCUGUCACUGUGUGGAUGUGCGUCUGCACCCUUGUUCUGCUCCCAGAUGAGGCAGCAGGUUCCUGGGGUGUUCCCUCGGCUUUGCCCGUGUCUUUGGCUAACAGUGCUCCAGGAUCUUCAAGCAUCAAAUCUGGGCCUGGAGCUCAGCCAGAAUGGGUGAACUGCAUCGAGGCAAGUGAAAUGUGUAACCAGGACCCUCAGUGCAGCUCUUGGUACCGAGUGAUGCGCCAGUGCCUUGUGGGCAAGGAGAAAGAUGCCAUGCUAGAUAACAACAGGGAGUGCCAGGCUGCACUGGAAGUGCUGCUGGUUAGCCCUCUGUAUAACUGCCGUUGCAAGAGGUCCUUGAAGACGGAGCAGCAGUGUCUACAGAUCUACUGGUCUAUAAACAUGGGACGCAAUGAAGAUGAAGACAUGGAAGACUUAUCUCCAUAUGAACCUGUUGCACCCAACUGGCACCCUGACACAAGCCGUUUGGCUUCCAUCUCUUCAGCAGCCGUCACAGUGACCCAGAAAGGUUUCCACUGUCCUGAUACAGAGAGGGACUGCAACCCCUGCCUUGAUGCAGCCAAAGCAUGCAACUUAAAUGGGAGCUGCAAGAGGCAACGUGCUUCUUACAUCAACAUAUGCAGCAAAGCAGACUUCAAACCGGGAGAAACUUGCAGCAGGAAGCGCUGCCAUAAGGCCCUGAGGACUUUCAUAGACCGAGUGCCCAGUGAGUUCACCCACCGGCUGCUCUUCUGCCCCUGCCAGACUACAGGCUGCGCUGAGCGACGCAGGCAAACAAUUGUGCCCGACUGCUCCUAUAAAGAUAAGGAGAAACCCAACUGUCUGGAGCUACGGAAGGUCUGUCAUCAGGACCCUCUGUGCAGGUCUAGGCUGGCUGAUUACAAAGAGAACUGCGGGAUGACUCCACACGCAGCAAACACCUGUCCUAACCAAGACAAUCACCAAGCCUGCUUGGCCUCCUUUGCAAGGCUCGUUGGGACGGACGUGACUCCCAACUACGUGGACAGCAGCUUCUCCAACUGGACCAUCUCCCCAUGGUGCACCUGCAAGGGCAGCGGAAACCAAGAGGAGGAAUGUCAGAACUUCCUGCGGUACUUCACCAAUAACGCAUGCCUAAGAAAUGCCAUUCAGGCCUUUGGUUAUGGGAUAGACAACACACAGAACAAAAGUGGGCCUGUCCCAGGCCCCUCAGCGACACCGAAGCCAGACCCUGUAUCGACACAGGAGAUCUCAGAAAAUCUCCCCGUGACUAUCCCAAAGCGAAAUGGGCGAAUACAUGGUGAAGAUGAGUAUCACCAACCAAGAGGUGGUGUCGUGGACCUGGGAGAGGAUCACUCUUCUUGUCUCUAUGCCAGUGUCUGGGCUCUGCUUCCCAGCCUGGCUUUGGCUCUGGUCCUGGCCCAGCAUGCCUUAUAGGAGCGCCAGGAGGAGAAAAAAGAGGUCAUCCACCCACAAGCUGAUCCCAAAUGCAGAAGGUGUUAUUCCUGAGACUGAUAUUAAGAAGGCUGAAUCUCUGGACAGUUGACAUGGAUGGCAUUUACGAAAGAGAAAAACAAAAGGCCGAGAGAGGUGGAAAUGACUGAAAUUUUAUAACUGUGAAUUUGUUGUUCAUUUAUCGUAUCAUUCGGGCAGACCGCAACUGUGAUGGAGCACAUGGCUUUACAAAAGACCCUUGGUAUGAGAGGCCACGAAGGCCGCUCUCUGACUGAGUCACGAAAAAAACCCGGAGGACUGAAGCUGCUCAUGUCAGAGACUUCUGCACUUUUCUCACCAAAGGAGGGCGAGAGGGGGGGGAAUGAACAACACAAUUAAAAGAAGGCAAGGCAGGAUUGGCAGAAAAGAAAUUGUUGCAAAGAGAAAAGGAGUGAGCUUGAAGUAAAUGUCAUAUAGUGAGAUGGGAAAAAAAGAAGGAAUCUUUUUUAUUUGCUUUGGGUCUUGAACUUGUUCUUGACUUAAUCUUCUCUUGGAUGAACAGACCGCACAUUUAGAGGCAUGGAUGGGGGAUGAUUACGUUCUGUUUCUUCAAAUCUAGUGUAAACUCUAAAUUGUAAAGCCUACUCAAUGUUCUAAGUGUUGGUAUAGUAUCUGUGACCAUAAUCAAUCUACAGUACCGAGCUUUCAUUUGGGUGCUACAGUAUACCUUUUAAGCAGGCAGCGAAAAGAGCUAAAGGCGGCCGUGUUAAACAGUUAAUGGAUUUAUGGUCAUUUAAGAUGUUGUUGAUAAUUGUGGGUGUUCGCCAUAUGUCCACCCGCACACGUGUAUAUUUCUGUCUCUAUGUAUAUAAACAACACUUUUUCUUUCAUUCAGCCUAAUGAUAUCUAGUACCUUUAAAGGACAUUAUAGUAUGCACAGGUGACUCUGUAUUGGUACUGAAGGAAGGAUUUCAUUAUCUGCAUUUAUAUUUGUCUAUUAAGGUUUGAUCACAAAGAAUGUAUACAGGGAUAAAAUUAAACGAGCUCCAACUGCUUGAAAAAGCCAUAAUCUGUGUGUGAAUAUUGUAAUAU